AUGGAUGGAAUUGCUACGGAUUCUGUCUUGAAGGAACUGAAGCAACUAAUAAACAGUGAGGACAAUUUGAUUGCAAAUGAGAGCCAUCAAAUCCAAUCUCUUUACUAUGAUCUAAGAUUCCUAGGAGCCAUUCUCAAGGAUAUGAGGGAGAAGCAGUUGCAUGAGCAGAAUGAUGAAACGGAAAACCUGGCAAUGCAAACUAGCUGUGUGACCUACGAGACGGGAGAAAUCAUCAGCUCUUUUGCAGCCAACGUUGUUAGGCAAAGGUAUAAUAACAAGGGUAAGAAAAUUGGCUUUGUCUUUGAUUUUCGCUUGAACCUCAGUAAUAUCAUGGAACAGAUUAAGCCCAUUGAGGUAAAAGUGAUGCAGUUUUAUGACAAGGUAUAUCAGAUUGAAGUCCUACAAGAUGGAAAGUCCUCUGAUGGAGUGCCAUCAAUGGAGAACAAAACCAUGGUAGAAGAAGAAAUUACGGUGGGCUUUGACGACGAGGCAUUGACUGUAAAAGAGCAACUUGCUGGAGAAAAGAAGCAGCUACACAUUAUGUCAAUUGUUGGGAAGCCUAGACUCUUACCCAAAAAUAGAGAAAUGUUGUUGGACAUUUUGCAUUCUGUUAAUCUCCUUACCAAUGAGGUUACAAACAUGAGCAAUGAAAUGUUAGGCGAAAACUUGUACAAACACUUUAAAGGGAAGAGAUAUGUCAUUGUCAUUGAUGAUAUAUGGGAUAUUGGUGCCCAGGUUGAUCUUAAAAUGUAUUUACCAAAUGACAACAAUGGAAGUAGAAAAAGCUUGGAGGAAGUAGUGGAAGGUUACUUAAUUGAUCUAGUUCACAGAAGUCUAGUAAUUGUUGCUCGAAAAAAGUUUGAUGGUCGAAUUAAAGCAUGUCGUAUGCAUGAUCUUUUGCAUGAUUUAUGCUUGAAAAAAGCCAGGGAAAUAAAUUUCCUACAUUGGAUUCACAAUUCUGAAGAUGCUUAUCCUCCUUCAAGUGAUUAUAGAGCAAACAACCAAUGUUUUAUGUGCAUCCAUUCUGACUUCUUAGAACAAUUUGAUCAUGUUGCCUGUGAGUCUUAUUCCCCAGCAGUUGUUCAAUCAGUCUUGUGCUUCAACAAUGAUUAA